AUGGCUAGUAAGGGCAGCCUGAGCGAGCCGGUGCGCCCCCACUGGUUCUACUGCCCGCCUGCGGGCGAGAAGAGCCCCUGGCUCCCCCUCAGCUACGAGGACUCCCACAAGCUGGAGGAGGCGUACGCGUGGAGUCAGGAGCUCGGGCAGGAGCAGGAGAAGGACGUGGUCGUGCCCGUCGAGGGGAGUCGCUACGACGUGCGUCUGAAGGAGAGGAGCCGCCACGCCGUGUACUGGAGCGAGCCGCCCUCCGAGGUGCGCCGCGGCCUGUGGUUCUACAAGGGGAGCAAGGAGAGCGGAUACACCCCCUACCCCGAGGACGCCAGCCACAUCCUGGAGGAGGCGUACAGGAGCGCCGUGGCCCUGAAUGAGUGGCGGAAGAAGGUGGAACUGCCUACAGGAGGGACCAUCUUUCUGCAGAGCCCCAAGAGCUGCCCCCACCCCGCCCAGCGCCGCCCCACCCCACCCACGGAGCCCACCCCAUCCAGGGUGGUGGUGAGGGGGUUGGAGAACGUGCAGAUUGACAUACCAGAGGGGGAGCCUGACACAGUGGACCACCUGGUGUUUAUGGUGCAUGGCAUCGGCCCAACGUGUGACCUGCGUAUGCGCACUUUGGUUCACUGUGUGAAUGACUUCCGCAGCGCCUCUCUGGGUCUGAUAAACUCUCACUUCCGUGAGACGGAGGGUCUGAGUGGGAUCGGGCGGGUGGAGUUCCUGCCCAUCACCUGGCACGAUGUGCUGCACAGCGACACGGGGGUUGACAAGGACAUGGAGAGGAUCACGCUGCCCAGCAUCAGUGUCCUGCGUCAUUUCGGGAACGACACCCUCCUGGACGUCUUCUUCUACAACAGUCCCAAGUACUGCCAGGUGAUAGUGGACACGGUGGCGUCGGACAUCAACCGCCUGCACGCUCUCUUCCUCCAGAGGCACCCCGGCUUCACCGGAGCCGUCUCCCUGGCAGGACACAGCCUAGGUUCCAUCAUCCUGUUUGAUCUCUUGACUAACCAGAAGAAAAGCACAGAAGAAGAGGUUGUGGCGGAGGAGUCAGACGACAGCUGUCAAUCGGACAAGGCUGUGACGGCCUCUGACAUGUCUGUGACGGCCUCUGACGAGUCUGAGACGGCCUCUGACGAGUCUGUGAUGGCCUCUGACGAGUCUGAAAGCCUGGAGGACAUUCUGAGGGGUAGAGGUCUGGAGGAACAUCUCCACGUCCUUCAGAGAGAGCAGGUGGACUCUGAGUCUCUGCUCCUCUGCACAGAAAAUGACUUGAAGGACCUCGGGAUUCCUUUAGGACCUCGCAAGAAAAUUUUGGACCUGGCAAAGAAAUUCAAGCGUUCCAGAGCAGGAACCUCCUUGCCAGUUCCAAACGGGCGGGUUGCCCAGGAGACCGCGGGUCCUCCACCGCACGGCACACGUAUCCCAGAAGGCACCACCAGCAGCAGCACUAUCAGCUACCACUGCUCAGGAGUGGGCACUGGACAGGUGUCCGUCAACUACCCCCAGCUGGCCUUCAGCCCCCAGGCCUUCUUCGCCCUGGGCUCGCCCAUCGGAAUGUUCCUGACCGUGCGAGGGCUGAAGAGGAUGGCGCCCGACUACAGCCUGCCCACCUGCAAGAGCUUCUACAACAUCUACCACCCUUAUGACCCUGUGGCCUACCGGAUCGAGCCUCUGGUUCUGCCUGCAGGGGUGGAGCUGCCUCCCGUGCUGCUGCCCCACUACAAGGGCAGGAAGAGGAUGCAUCUCGAGCUCAGAGACGGCCUGACGCGGGUGAGCUCAGAGGUGCUGGGUUCUCUGCGCAAUGUGUGGCAAGUGUUCUCGCAGGUACCCAACUCAGCACUGCCCCUGCUGGGCCAAGGGAGCGAUGCAGCCUUCAACACAUCCUCAGACACACAGGAUGACAGGAUGAGCGUUGCCACGGGAACCAGUCAGGAAGCUCAGAGGAAGGACGUGAAGGUUGGAAUGCUGAACGGAGGAAGGCGCUUUGAUUACGUGCUGCAGGAGAAGCCGAUCGAGAUCUUCAACCAGUAUCUGUUUGCUAUCCAGAGCCACCUGUGUUACUGGGAAUCUGAGGACACAGCUUUGCUGGUUUUGAGAGAAAUCUACGAGCAACAGAAAGCCCCCGGCUCCCACCCCACCCACGCUGCAGGAGGAGAUGUGGUCAUGUGACACACAGCUAUGCACGGAAUGUCACUUCUGCCGGCAUAACUCUAAUUAUUUAUAUUGACAUGUUUACUCGAGCGCACGCAUGUGCAUGCUGUCCGGUGGUGGCAUGUAUGCAGGAUGUUGUGUGUCAGGCAGUAUUUACCUGAGGAGCAGACCUGACCCUGACCCUGACCCUGACCCUGACCGUGGAC